ACGAUGGGAAACAAACAGACAACCUUCACCGACGAGCAGCUGGAGGCUUAUCAGGACUGCACCUUCUUCACCCGGAAAGAAAUCCUGCGGUUACAUGGCAGAUAUCGUGAACUGGCUCCACACUUAGUUCCUCUGGAUUACACCAACAGCCCGGACAUCAGAGUUCCUCUGGCGCUCAUCGUCACGAUGCCUGAGCUGAAGGAGAAUCCGUUCAGAGACAGAAUCGUGGCGACGUUCUCCGAGGACGGACAGGGGAACCUGAGCUUCAAUGACUUUGUGGACAUGUUCUCCGCCCUGUGUGAGACGUCGCCCAGAGAACUCAAGAACAUUUACGCCUUCAAGAUCUACGACUAUAACAGGGACAACUUCAUCUGCAAGGAGGACCUGGAGAAGACUCUGAACAAGCUGACCAAGGGGGAGCUGACGCCGGAGGAGGUGGCGCUGGUGUGUGACAAAGCCAUCGAGGAGGCCGACCUCGACGGAGACAGGAAACUCUCCUUCGCCGAUUUCGAGAACAUGAUCUCGAAAGCUCCGGACUUCCUCAGCAACUUUCACAUACGAAUAUGAUGCUACAGAGGAGAGCUGCCUCACCCCCCCCUCAGUGCCUAUCCUCUCUAUCACCUGUGGAGAGAUGUCCUCCAGAUGUCCUCCAGAUGUCCUCCAGACGUCCUCCAGACGUCCUCCAGCAGGAAACGAGGCCGGACCCAGGUCUGGUCUCUGGUGAAUACAGAUCAACAGUUUGUGCAUGAAACUUUUCUCUUCGUUAACUUCUGAGCGAGGACAAGCAGACGUGAUCCAGGAGAGCGUCUCCGAGGUCGGACGUCUCCUGUGGACAUGUGGACACACAACAGGGCUUCUCUGACUCCAGUGCUUUGACAGAGACUUUUUGAAAAGCACACCUUUAAAGGGCAAACAGUGAAGAGCUAUGCAAUCUUUCCUCAUGACGUGCAUGUUGUAAAUCGCUUGUAGCUGCAGCAACUUUCUACGUGUGGUGUCGUGAUGCACAAUGACAAUCAUAGAAACCUGUGGAUCAGCUGGAAGGGCUCUCUCACCUGUAACACACCUGAUCACACAGCCGUCACUCAUCAACACCUUUUCUGGCUCCGCUCAAAUAAACGAUUUUUCUGCAGCUUCACGACGACUCUUAUCUUCUCUUGUAGGAAAUAAGUUCUCCUGAUGAAACUGAGACAAGUCCUGGACUUUACUUUACAAACCAGGUGCGAGGAGCUGGAUCCACAGAGCAGCAGUCGCUCCUCUACCUCCAGAGCAGAACCCGAGCUGUGUGAGUGGAAGUUGGGUCAGUUUCAUUAUUACAUUAUGAUGCUCUGCUGCCUCCGGCUCCAAACAGACGGAUCGAUCUCCUCUGUCUCCUGACACAUCCACGAGGUCUCAGCUUCAGUUUCACCUGAAUGCGAUUAGAGCCACUUCACUGUUUAUAUAAAGACAGAGAAACGCUCAGGGUCGAAUCU